CGGUUUCUACAAAAUUUUCUUCGACACAGACAACGUUAUACGCCUAGUUUUCGACAACAAUGAGGUGUCGAGUGUUUAUUGGCCUAAUCCGUGGUUGUUAACUUGGAAAGCAGGGAGGUCUACAUACAACAACAGUAGAGUGGCAGUGCUUAAUUACUUCGGCAAUAUUAGCUCAUCAGAUAGAUUUACUUUCAUGCCAGAUGAUUUUGGUUCGAGGGUUCAGAGAAUAUUAAAGCUUGAUGAUGAUGGUAAUGCUAGAUUGUACAGCAGAAAAAAGCCAGAGGAGAAUUGAGUUGUCACAUGGCAAGCUUUUACCAAUCCUGGUAGGAUUCAUGGCAUUUGUGGUGCUAACAGCCGAUGUAUGCACGAUUCUAAUGGCAGAAAAUGCUCUUGCAUCCCAGGGCAUAAGAUGAGGAAUCACAUUGAUUGGUCUUAUGGAUGUGAACCAGAAUUCAAUUCCUUCUGCACCAAAAACGAGUCUUCGAAGUUUGUCAAACUUUUCAAUACCGAGUUUUACGGAUAUGCUUAUGGCAUCUACUCCAACUACAGCUACCAAGAUUGUGUAAACUUGUGUUUACAAUUUUGCAACUGCAAAGGGUUCCAGUACUCCUAUUUUGUCAACCUAGGUAUUUUUAAGUGUUACCCGAAGAUGUUACUGGUUAAUGGAUACCAUAGACCAGGAUUUUCGGGAAAUGUCUACUUGAGGCUACCCAAAACUCAUCCCUCAUCAUUUGGAAACUCAACUGAAGAAUUCAAGUUAGAUUGCUCAAACAAAGUCACUAUACAUCUAGCUAGAACUUAUACUGAAGGCCAAGUGACUGUGGCAGUGCAAGUCAUGGUUUGGUUUGCAUGUGGAGUGGGAGGAAUUGAGAUAAUUUCUGUUCUCUUCAUUUGGCGCUUGCUAAUUAGAACCCGAAAAAACUCGGAUACACAUCAAUUGCAGGUGCAGCUUCUUGCUGCGACUAGAUUGAGAAGAUUUAGCUUUUGCGAGCUGAAGAAGGCCACAAAUGGCUAUGCUGAAGAGAUUGGAAGAGGAGCAGGAGGCAUUGUGUACAAAGGUGUUUUAUCAGAUUCUCGAGUUGCAGCAAUUAAACUACUCACCGAAGCUUACCAAGGUGAAUCUGAGUUCCUUGCAGAAGUUAAUACCAUUGGGACACUAAAUCAUAUGAACUUGAUAGAAAUGUGGGGAUACUGCUCAGAAGGAAAACAUAGGAUUUUAGUGUAUGAGUACUUGGAGCAUAAAUCUUUGAAAGAGAACUUAUCUAGAAAUGUUCUUGAUUGGAAAAAGAGAUUUGAAAUUGCUGUAGGGAUUGCAAAAGGUCUUGCUUAUUUGCGUGAAGAGUGCUUGGAGUGGGUUUUACACUGUGAUGUUAAGCCACAGAACAUACUGUUAGGCUCUAAUUAUCAACCAAAGGUAGCAGAUUUUGGCUUGUCUAAACUACUAAAGAGAGGAGAACUUAGUAGUCUAAGCUUCUCGAAGAUAAGAGGAACAAGAGGUUAUAUGGCUCUAGAGUGGGUUACAAACCAAUCCAUCACAUCCAAAGUAGAUGUAUACAACUAUGGGAUUGUAGUUUUGGAGAUACUGACUGGAAAGAGCCCUACAAGCUGUGUCCGUAGUCGUAGUGGUACUGAGGAAACAGAGCAGAGAGGACUAGUUAAGUGGGUGAAAGAGAUAGUUGAUGGAACUAGUGAAGUGGAAAAGGUCGUGGACCCUUCCAUGAAAGGUGAAUAUGAUUUGGAAAAGUUAGAAAAUCUUUUGAGGGUAGCCUUAAAAUGUGUGGAGGAAGACAAAGAUGCUAGACCAUCAAUGAGCCAAGUUGUCAAGUCCCUCCUACACUAUGAGAAUUGUCAGUAGUAACAAUCAAGAUCUUUGAAUCUUUCAUUUUUGUAUUUUCAUUAAAAAAAGCAUAUUUCAAGUAUGUAUCUUCUAUGGUUGCAUGAGUGAAAAUCUUAAGUUUCUAUGUA